AUGGUUUUCAGCGGCCAUUUGUUAUCCUUGCCGAAGUCUCGUAUAAAGGUCACCGUCGUUGCUGUGAGGAGGUCUCACGGAGGACCCGUCGAAUCCGAUGAAGAUUUCGAUAACAGAUAUGAAGCAUUCUUCAACAGGAAGGAUAUUGACGGUUGGGAAGUUCGUAAAGGAAUGAAUGAUCUCUGUGGUAUGGACUUAAUCCCCGACCCUAAGAUCAUUAAAGCUGCCAUGCACGCCUGCAGAAGGGUCAAUGACUAUUCUCUUGCUGUCAGGUUCCUAGAAGCUUGCAAGGAGAAGUGUGGCCCCAAAGUUGGGGAAAUCUACCCUUACAUCAUCCAAGAAAUUAAACCGACUCUUGUAGAAUUAGGCAUUGAAACUCCAGAGGAACUCGGCUACGAUAAACCUGAGCUAGCUUUACAAAAUGUCUUUGACAUG